AAUCCUUAAAUUCUCAUUAGUUUGUGCAUUUGCAUGCAAAAGUUGUAAAGUUAUUAAAUGAACAAAUAAAUAUACACACUUUAUAUAGAAGUGAAAAAAACUUUAUUUUCAGGAAUUGUUGCACAGAUUAUCUAAUAAAUGUGUAAUGAUGAUUAGUCAUGAAGAGUAAAUAAGCAAAAAAAUAAAAAUUCCUCCACAAUAUAGAGAUUUGGGCAUAUAUUUUAUAAUAUUUGGGUAUUUUGGUGCAGGUUUAAUCAGUUUUAAUGCAUGUUUUGGGGGAAAUAGGGUCCCAGGCCUGCACUGACUGUACCUUUAACGACUCUUGUCCCAAUUAAAGCCAAGCUCCGCCUCUGGAGCAGACGUCCCAUGAGUCAUAAAGUUUGAUGUCCUGCCCAAAGUUUAGAGCCGACUGCUGCAAAACUUUUUUUUCCUCCUCCAGAAAGUGAGCUGCGGAGAUUUGUACUUCUAAGUAUGACUUUCCCCUAAAAGAAAACUCCCAACAGCUUCAGCUCGGACAAGUUGGACUUUUGUUUUUUCCCUCAUUUUCAGCUGCCUCUGCGUUUUUUCCUACCUUUUUUUUUCCUGUUGGGGGGGAAAGUUGAGGCCGAACGACAACAUAGAUUCCAGUGUGGAGUAGAUAUGCGCUUUGUUACAUUCACAAGUAUGCCAGCAGAAAACAACAGGAAAACGCUGUGUUUCACUGAAGAUUUCGACAGCUAACACACUGCGGGAGACAGCAAACUUCUCGACUUGGUGAACUUUAGAAUGACUCUGGGAAACUUUUGCUGAGUGUCGUCGAGAUUUCCAGAUUUCCUGCUGCGUAAAAACGCACAAGAAAAAAAAAAGUUUGGGAUUGGCGCAAGUUUUUUUGGUGACUUUUCUGAGCGCAACAUUUUCGGACACUUUAUUUUAAAAAAAUAAAUAAACAAAAACUUCGUAGUGGAAAUAUGGAUCCGAGCCAGCACAACCCUCCUGCCGGACACCAGAUCGUCCAUGUACGGGGCGACUCGGAGACUGACCUGGAGGCGCUUUUUAACGCCGUGAUGAACCCGAAAAACACCAUCGUGCCCCCGUCAGUGCCCAUGAGGAUGAGGAAGCUGCCAGACUCCUUCUUCAAGCCCCCAGAACCAAAGUCCCAUUCCAGACAAGCCAGCACUGAUGCCGGGAGUGGCGGCGUGCUCACCCCCCACCAUGUCCGUGCACACUCGUCCCCGGCCUCCCUGCAGCUGGGAGCCGUUUCUGGAGGCUCGCUGUCUGGCAUGGCCUCAGCAGGUGCCUCCCCUCAACAUCUCCGUCAGUCUUCUUAUGAGAUUCCCGAUGACGCGCCCCUGCCCGCCGGGUGGGAGAUGGCCAAGACCGCCUCCGGCCAGAGAUACUUCCUCAACCACAUCGAUCAGACCACCACUUGGCAGGAUCCUCGCAAGGCUCUUCUCCAGAUGAACCAGCCUCCCCCUCCCAGCUCUGUGCCAGUCCAGCAACAGAACCUUAUGAACCCAGCCAGUGGACCCCUCCCUGAGGGCUGGGAACAAGCCAUUACAUCCGAGGGAGAAAUUUACUACAUCAACCACAAGAACAAGACCACAUCCUGGCUGGACCCACGACUUGAGCCACGCUACGCCCUGAACCAGCAGAGGAUCACUCAGAGUGCUCCAGUGAAACAGGGAGGGCAGCUGCCUCCCAGCCCACCACAGCGCAGUCAUGGAGGCAACAACCAGUUGAGACUGCAGCAGAUUGAGAAGGAAAGACUGAGACUGAAGCAACAGGAGCUACUUCGGCAGAGACCACAGGAGCUCGCUCUAAGGAACCAGCUGCCCACCAGUAUGGAUCAAGAUGGCAGCACAAACCCUGUGUCCUCCCAUGGCCCAGAUGCCCGGACCAUGACCGCCAACAGCUCCGACCCAUUCCUCAACAGCGGGACCUACCACUCCAGGGAUGAGAGCACAGACAGCGGCUUGAGUAUGAGCAGCUACAGCGUCCCUCGCACUCCAGAUGACUUCCUCAACAGCGUGGAUGAGAUGGACACAGGGGACCCGCUUCCAACUUCCAUGGCGACACAGCCCAGCCGUUUCCCCGACUACCUGGAUGCCAUCCCGGGGACAGACGUGGACCUGGGCACUCUGGAGGGCGAGAGCAUGGCGGUGGAGGGUGAAGAGCUGAUGCCCAGCCUGCAGGAGGCCCUGAGCUCCGACAUCCUCAACGACAUGGAGUCUGUGCUGGCAGCUACCAAGAUUGACAAGGAGAGCUUCCUCACAUGGUUAUAGAAGACUCCUUCCUCCUCCUCCUCCCUACACUCUGAACUUCUGCCUGCUCUAAUCUGUGAAGGAUUCAUAGAUGCUUUUACCAGACAUUUCAGCGAGCCUCUCUGGACUUCUCUGUCUAUCUCAGCGUUUAAGGCCAACCCUCUUAUACAGGCAGUAUUGUUCUGUUCUUUUCACUGGUGUGUUAUCUCUUUGUUUUGUCUGUGUCUUCAAGGCUGGCCUAUGAACAGACAAUUAUGCAAGGGUCCCCAAAUCAUUCACAGGUCUGUCAGUGAAUCUAGGGCAUAUUUACCCCAGAGCAGGGGGUCACUCCUUCCCCCUGGUCUCCCCCUUGUAGCUGAACUGGGCGGGUGCAUGUGCUCUUCUGUAAGGACUGCCAUUAUCAGUUAUCACCUGGAGCCUCUGGAGCCUCUUUCUUUUUGCAAUAUAGCCUGAAGCUGCACUACUUAACUGUGUUUGGGAUGAUUGCAUCUAGCUUAAGUAGCUUUAUAUUUGGCCUCAUAAGUUUUUAUUCUUUUGUUGUUGUGUUGUUCUUUUUUUUGACAAGCCUGAGAAACCAAAAAUGAUGUAUUUGAAGCAUAACGAACAAUACUGAUUUGGAGUAAAGGUAAAACGUGAUGCCCAGUUUGGAUGUGGUGGCUUUGCUGAGGGGGGGAUGGGAUGAGGGUUGGAACCUGGGGACCGACUACAUUGCUGCUUGGCUGUGCCAGCAAGUCUAAGUUAAACCUUUGAUAGAUCAAGUGCCUUCAGAUGUAUUUUUUUGAGACGCGAGCAACACGAACAAUUACCCACGAUUCUGUGACGCAGCAAUAAGCAUAAAGGCUGUACUCAUAAACAUCAGCUGCAUUCUUCCUCUAAUGUUCAGUAAUCAAAAUUGUAUUUUUUGUUUAUAAGCACGAGGGGAUUUAGGGAUCUCUCUUUUGUUUUUUUUUGUUUUUUUUAACCCUAGCUUCUUUGUAUCUCAGUCUUAUCCAAGCCUAAUUCACGAUUCAUUUGUUUUAUCUUUUUAGCAUUGUAUUUUUAGGUUACUACAUAUGUAUGAUAGCUUAGAUCAAAUGGCAUUUUUUUUGCUUUUGUUUUUUUCCCAUUUCUUUCAUAGAUGAAUUGAAACAUUUUUAACAGGGUUCUCUGUUAUCACAGCACAUCACUUCACCAAGAUUAAAUCUGCCGAGACACGGAUUGAUUUGGUUUUGGCUUAUCGAGAAGAAAAAAAAAACGAAAAAAAAAACAUUUAGCUGAUUUCUUUUGUCUCUGCUUUACUAUAUACAUAUUAGUGUUAUUAUAUUUUUGUUGAUCACAUGCAGCUUUUUUUGUUAUCUUUCCUAAACAUUAACCAAAAAAAGCAGAUGUCUAGGCUCGGCAGAAACUAUAGCUCUUUGAUCAAUUAAAUCUUGUGACAGUGUAUAGUAAACAAGAGUUUCCAUGUUUGAACAGUCUUCCUAAAGAGGAGCUGAACUCCAUUGCGAGAUGCUGUGUUGGGUGUUUAAAGGACAGGAUUACACAGCUUGGACAAGUUUAAGCAGGUUUAAGAGUCAUGUCAAGGGGUAGUGUAGAAGGUCACGGUUUGACUGAUGGUGGCGACUUAGGCAGAUUGUCGGUUUUCUUGUUUGUUUUCUUUUGCGGAAUAAUUAAGAAACAAUCAGUUAUCUCAGUCAGGAAUUGUUGUGGCAGAUUCCAAAGAUGUUUUUGUAAUGACACUAACAACAUUUUUUUUUUUUUUUUGCUUCUAUCUUCAGAGUCCAGAAACGGUAUGAUUUGUAAAUCAGCCUCUGUAUGAACAAACUGUAUAAGCUAAUGAGAAAAAUGACGUACGUUUCUAAGUGUUAAAAAUGGACAUGUCUGAAUAGGUCCAGCUGAGAGAUUCUUUUUAUUUUGUAGAUGGUUGUUUUGAGUGACUAACCCUGAGAUUUUUAAAGGAUGAGGUUUUUCGAACAGAGACGCAAGUGAUUCUUCUAUUAAGCACUCACAUGUUUACAUACUCUGAUUAAGAAAACUGCUACAGCCGCAGCGGAGACAACACACUGACAAUUCUCUCAUAAUCACGUUAUUUUUGAUGUUUACACGAUGACUACAUCUUUGCAUUACUGCAGUAACUUUUGAAUAAUCAGCCUGCUGUGCAUGCCUUUGGUCGAGGCCACAGGAUGUCACACUGAUUCUGUUGCCAGCCAAUACUAAAUUGGUAGCAUUAACUUGAUGGAACACUAUACAUAUACAUAUACAUAUACAUAUACAUAUAUAUAUAUAUAUAUAUAUAUAUAUAUAUAUAUUAGAAUAGAGGACAUGAACAAUUUUUUUAUGCUGUGUGAGAAACCUCUUUUUAGUUUUGAUUUUACUGAUCAUUAAAUCAUAUGUUGAUGGAUUUUAAGAUGGACGAACAGUGUUGGUGAGAACAAUGCAACUAAAAUGAGUGGUACACCACAGUGCUUGUAUUGCACGGCUAGAGUUUUCAUUUUGAUGCAAUGAUGCAUUUUGUCACACAAACCUGAUUUUAUGCUUACGUAGUGUGUAAUUGUCAGAGCAUAUUAGAUGUUGACUCUCGUUGUAGCAGUAGAACUAAUCACAAGUUAAAGGAUUUUGUAUUUAGAGUUUUCUAAAUGCACAUGAAAUGAAUUUAUAUUCAGUAAUGAUCUGUUCAUUUUUUUUGAUAGAUAUGUGCAUGUGUUUUAGAACGAUAAAUUCUGUUACAUUAUAUCUUUCUUCAUAUGAUACUUUGAAAUUGGCCUGAAAUAAAGUAUAUACUUUGUGGUAAUA